AUGGCAAAUAGGAUAGGGUUGGGGGAGAAACUAAAGUUCUAUUAUGUAACUGAAGAAAAUGAGGUGGAAUUAAUAUCGGAUGAUUGGGAUUUAGAGCCAGCUCGUGGGCAUGCAUUGGCAGAGGAUAGAUGGUUGGAGCUGUAUGCUUUAGAAGUUGAAGUUGAAGGGAAAGAUGGUGAAGCUGCAGGGAAAGCUAGUGCCAAGGCCAAUAAAGGUGACGACUUCGACAAUGAUGCUAAUGAAUGGAGUGAUAAGGAUUCUGAAUAUAAUUCAGAAUUUGAUGACCAAGAUUAUGCAGAGAAUGUAGGUGAGAGUGAAGCAACAUGGGGUGUUGAAGAUAGUAAUAUUGAAGCUGCUGCAACUGUGGCACAGGGUAUUGGCAAGAUGAAACUUGUAGGAAGUAGUAGCAGAAAUCAGCAAGAGGGUUCAAGUAAGAUUCCUGAAAUCAGUAAGUCAAUGGGAGAGCUCACACAUACAGGUGCUGGGGAUGUCGAUGAAAGUGAAGAUGAACGUAUUGGUGGUAGACUAAGGGAUUUGAAUCUCACUAUACCAGAUUCUGAUGAUGACUUUGAAUCACUCCAUGAAUUAGAUGAAGAAGAUGGGACUAUUAGGGUUAACAAGUUUGUUCCGAAACACAUUUGUUCUUGGGUGAAGUACAACCCUUGUUUGAUAAGCAGUUGGAUUGCACUAAGGGCAGCAGAGCUUAUUAAGGAACAACCCACUAUAAAACCUCGAGAUUUCAAGAAAACUGUGAAGGAACGGUACAACAUCGACAUGACAAGGGAUCAAGCAUAUAAAGCCAGAAAGAAGGCAAUCAAGGCUGUAUUGGGGAAUCAAGAUGACCAGUUUAAGAAGCUAAGGGGUUUCUGGCAUGAACUCCUGCGAAUAUAUAAAAGGUGUUAUGAACCUUUCAUAUAUCCAUUGAGAGAGGAGACAGAUUGGGAAUGGGACAAGGUGGUAGAGCCUCCUAUAUUACCUCCUAUUAGACAAAAGGUGAAAGGCAGACCCACUACCAAGAGGAGAAGAUCCACUGCUGAAAUAUUAGUCAAUCAGGAAAAUAAAGAGUACAAACUAUCUAAGAAGGGUCAAAGAAAUCACUGCAGCAAGUGUGACAGACGGGGUCACAAUGUAAGGUCAUGCAAAGAUCCACCUCGAAAUGAUUUAGGUCAAACUUCUGAAAAUUAUCCACAGGAGAACUUGUCUACUGAAGUUCAUGAUUUAGGUCAAACUUCUGGAAAUCGUCGACAGAAGAACUUUUGGAAAUGUAAAAUAACUCAUAUUGUGCCUGUUAGUGAUGGGUUGUGCAAUACAGAGGUGCAGUAUGAUGCUGAUUUGAGUUUACAAACGCUGAAUCUAGAUAGCAUUAUAGAUCUUGAUGUUGAGCUAUGGCAGGACACUGCUGAGGUGGAAAUUAACAAGCAUGCAGCUCCUGAAUCAGCUGAUAAUGUGGGAAAACAGAAACUGGAUCAUGAUGUUGCGGUUUUACAAUAUACUGAUGAACUAAUCAGACCAAUGACACAUAUGGGAUCUAAUCCACCAAAGAGAUCUGAUAAGGCUACAAGAGGUGAAGUCCCUGUAAUUAUAAUUCCAGAGAAACAAGCUAGAAGAAAUGUUGUUCAUACAAAUCCUACACAGAAAACGAAAAAGAGAAAAGUGAAGGCUACUAGCUCAUCCCAAGCUGAGAAAAGGGUUCGCCGAUCUGUAAAAGAACCAACGCAGAGAAAAUCAAGUUCACAAGCUGCCAUCAAACUGGUUGAUGAGAACAUAGAUGAAGAUCCAACCACAGACAAAGUGCAAACUAAAAAGAGUUUUCGAGAAACUUUUGGACUGCCAAAUGCCCCUUCUCCAGUUCAUAACCCACUAGAAUGCAAGAAUGACAAGGAGUUCGCUGCGAAUGCAAUAGCACAAUUCAAGAAACUCCAAGCAAAUGUUCAUAAGUUAUUGGGUGAUGUUCCACAUGUGAAAAGUUCUAAAGCUCUUUAUGACUUGUACCAAGGACCUCAGUGUUUUGAUGGAAAAGGUAAACGUUUUGAAGGAAAUUUUAGCACAAAGUCUAUUCAGAAGUAA